AUGGAUUCUCCUCCACUCUUUCGAUUUGUUAGCGAUCCAGCUGAUGGAUCUGGUACCAGAAUAUUCAAUAACUUGAGAAUUCCGAACCAACUAAACGGGGGUGAUGGAUCUAACGAGCAACAACUUCCGGUCCCGAGUCGGGGAGGGGAUUACCGCUCGGUCGUGAGCAACAGUCAUCCUCCAGUAGAGAUAGGGCCACACAGAGAUUUACCAGCAAGAGUACCCAGUCAAGAACGCUCAACACCACUUAUAUACACGCCAAUGUCCGAUACAGAAAGUGGGAGGAGUACUAUUGAACAGUCCGCAAACAGUUCACGACAGCCCAGGAAGAUACCGAGCAGAAGAGAACCCUCCUCUGCGUAUCAAGGAUCGAUAUAUGUUCCGACUACUCAUAAUCGAAAGAAGUCUACAUAUAGUAUUUACACGGAUUCUGAGUCAGGCAACGACGAUUACACGGCCUCGGAAAUCCAACGCUUGGAAGGACAGAUCCAAGACCUAGAAGCAAAACUCCGGCAAAAAAACUCGAGCGCAAGGCAACCACCGCAAUCGGAGCCUUCGAGGUAUCAGACACUAUAUCGUGUGGGCUACGAGGUCCGCCCGAAUGUACAUGGAACGUCCAGCGACGAAUACUCGUCCCCUUCAGACAGCGAUGAGCCGUAUCGACGAGGCAAUAAUUGGUACAUGUACCCUGAAGCACCAAGAAGGGACAGAAGAAACCUUAAAAUCUUUACAGAUCCACCGGUACUGACGCAUGACCGAUGGGGGAAAGCAUCUCUACGCAGUAGUCGGCGAGUGGAUAGCUUGAAGUCUUUCCUUAAAUCAAAUCCCGACAUCUCCUUUGUGGUCUUUCAUGACUACAAUAUCGUUCCAGAACCAGGCCUUGAUCUGCCCGAGUCAAGUCCAGGCGAGGUCAUGGGCGAUAGAGAGUCCAAUCAGCCGACACCACGUGCUAGAAGCAUAUAUCCAGUGUCAAAGGAGUUGAAAAAGGCCCUAGAAUUGAUACUCGAGAACAGGCAAGAGUAUAGUAGCAUGUUCAGCCAAUAUUGGAACACAAACGAACUUUCUGCACCUUACCUGUUCAUCUACCAUAGCCGGCAGGAGAUACCCAAGAUCAAAGAGGAGCUUUCAAAGCCGGCUCAAGAUCAGCUUGAUAAUUUCCUGGAGUAUGUGAUGAAAGAGUUUGGCGAGGAGUACGAUACAGUCGAUUCUCUUCUAAAGCGCAAUGAGAUUUUGCCCCAGUAUUUUCAUUAUCUUGUCAAAAGGGGCGAUAUUCUGGUCGAAAACAGGAACGGUGAGUACACAGGGUACAAGGCUGAGUCGUGGCCAACCGAAAGUAUACGGCGAACACCAAACUCGUCAAUUUUGAUCAAAUAUGGCAUGCCAGGAAAUGAAUAUGAGUCGCCAAACGAAUCUGGUGUUACUCAUCAGUGGACUCUAACCGGAUUUACUUGGGGAUUCGAUGGUAGCUUUUUUGGGAGAUGGAAGCAACUCAAAAUUGAGAUGGGCCAGGAUGAAUCCUCAUUAUCAAACGAGAGUGGAGUAGUAAGAAACGAGACAAAUACGGCGCAAUUGAAAGGCCAACCUAUUGCGAAUCUGGCCGUUUUUCCUCUUCGUUACGCCCCGGAUCAUAUACAAAAGAUACUUCACCAUCGAGGAGAUGUCUUAUGGAAAUGUCGUGUGCGGCAGUUGGUCUCUUAUAAGGUCAAUGAACAAGAUUCAAUUGGUAAUGGGAUGGAAGGACAUUACAUGAUUGACAUGAAAACAUACCAAAGUCUUCACCGCAAGGACAAAACGCCUGACAAUACACUGCCAGUGUUUCCUCGGUACCCUUCGCCUCCGAAAAAGCUACUAAGCAAGGCCAAGAUGGCCCGGAUUGACCCUCCUGGAGACGAUUUUAAAGUUCUCAUGCCUCCGAAAAUCAAAGGGUACAACUUCUGUCGGAAGCAAUGGCAUGACCUAAAAGUCGACCAGAUCUCAGAUGUAGUCUGGCAAGGAGAUGUAUUUCGCACUCUAGAAAUAGACUACGAGGCAAAAGACCUCCUUCAAGCGCUAGUCAUGACUCAUGUGGAGAUGGAAAAUUCAGCUGAUUGUACUGCUGGGAAAGGCAGUGGUCUCACUAUCUUGCUCCACGGUGGUCCCGGAACAGGCAAAACACACACAGCGGAGAGUGUUGCUGAGAUUGCAAAGAAGCCACUGUACAGAGUUGCCUGCGGCGACUUGGGGACCAGGGAAGAUGUAGUAGAGCAAUACCUUGAGUCUGCGUUGCAUUUGGCGCGCCUUUGGGGUUGUGUCGUACUUCUUGACGAGGCCGAUGUCUUCCUCGAACAACUAAGCUUGGGAGACCGGGAGCGCAAUGAAUUGGCAGCUGUCUUCUUGCGUAUGCUAAAGGCCUACGAUGGCAUCGUGAUUCUCACGACCACUCGCGCCAGCAAAUUUAACGAGGCAUUCCGAUCUGAGAUCCAACUUGCACUUCACUUUCCAGCCUUGAAUGCGUACCAAAGAUCCAUGAUCUGGCGGAAUCUUAUUAAACAGCUAGAGUCUCAGAGAAUAGACGCCUCGGAACUUUGGGACCAUGCAGAGAUCUUGGGAAAAGAAAAUCUGAAUGGGAGGCAAAUCAAACAGAUCCUUACUAAUGCCUGUCUUUAUGCAAGAUGGAAGAAAAUGCCGCUCACUUUCUAUCGUAUCAAGGAUGUGAUUGAGGUGUCAGGACGGCUCGAUAGUUUUCUCGAAAACGGGGACGGUGGCGAACUGCAGGACGAGUUGGCUUCUGGUGAAUGGAUUUUCUAA